UCUAGAAAUAAAGCAUGCACAUUGCAUGCACCAGAGCGAUCAGAUUCAGAGCAACUCUGGAGCAAGCUUCUCAUUCAUGUCUUUACUCUGCUGAAGUCCUCUUUCUAAGUUCUGCAGAAGACUGCGCUCAUGAGCUCUUGAAGAAGGAGGGCAAUGCUCUUGAAGAAGAGCAGAGCUGAAGCUUUUGCACCGAGUGGCACCCUUCAGCUCUGAAGGUGAUAUAGAAGUGUCAGCAUUGUACUCUUUUCAGACGUGAUCUCAUCAUCCAUUUUUCAAGUUGCAGCGAUGGCAUUUGCAAAUCUUGCAGGGCAGGAUUGAGCUUGGAACCUCGGUGCUGCUCGGGGCUUUCAGUAUAGCUUUUCUUAGCAUCAAUGCCUUUGAGAAGCCACUUUGGUUACUGCAGACUGCAAUCAAAUGGUGGCAAGCAUGGGGCAUGAAGCAGAAGCGCCCCCCCCGCUGGAAGAUUUGCCCCCACUUGAAGCACUGGCACCAUCUUUGAAUGCUUCCUUGGACUUUUUACCACCAUCGAUCGCUGCAACAGAAGAUACGAGAAAGUCAGGUCAAACAGAAGAUUCUCAAGGUGGAAAUGAAAGGACUCCAGCUGACAUGGAAAAUGCAAGCACCGCUGAGAAGGUGGAUGAUCUGCAUGUCAACAUCGUAACAGAGCCUUCCCAGCUGCCUCUGGAGUUCCUAGAGCCCAGCCAUGACCGGCAGGUGGCAAUUGGCUUCGAUUGUGAGGGGGUGUCUUUGUCCAGAGAAGGAAACUUGACACUCAUUCAGCUGGCCUUUCCAGACGCAAUCUACUUGGUGGACAUUUUGACGGGGGGCGCCCCGCUCAUCAAGGCCUGCAAGCUGGGGCUGGAGAGCCCCUACGUGACAAAGAUCAUCCACGACUGCAAGCGCGACAGCGAGGCCCUCUUCUUCCAGUUUGGCAUCAAGCUGCACGGCGUGUUCGACACGCAGAUCGCGUAUGCGCUGCUGGAGGAGCUCCAGGGCGCGCCACGUGUCAUCGACCAGACGUACAUUUCGUUCGUCAAGCUACUGGAGGACAAGCGAUACGGCGGCCGGAGCUACAAGGAGAAGUUGGACGUCCGCGCCAUGCUGCGAAAGGACGAGACCUUCUGGGCGAGGCGCCCCAUGACGGAGCAAAUGAAGCGGGUGGCGGCCGGCGACGUGCGGUACCUCCCAGAGCUGUGGGCGACCAUGAAUGCUCAACUGGACGUGUACGGGCGGUGGCAGCUGAGGGCACGUGGCGAGCUGUCCGCGCGCUGCUUCUGCAUAGGCCACGGGAACAGCAAGGAGAGCGACUGGCCGCCCGUGCCGCCCAUGCCAGACCACGAGUCGUACGACAAGCGGCCGUACGAAGAGGCGCUGGUGGUUGUGGAGGUGCCAGCUGGCAAGAUGGGGCGCGUCAUCGGGAGGAAGGGCGAGGCCAUCGUCGCGCUCAAGAAGUCGGUCGAAGCGGACAUCUUCACGGGCGGGAUACGAGGGCCGCCUGACAAGAUCUUCUUGAUCGGCCCCGUGAACGAGGUGAAAAAGGGGGAGGCCAUCAUACGAGGCCACUUCAUUUCCCGCCCUCGCCAGUUCCGUGAAGGAAAGGACGAAAUCGUGCGACCGGAAGAAGGCGAGACGGUAGGUUCACAUCACUAGCGCCAAGGCGUACGAAAUAGACGUGAUGAUAUUUCUAUGUACUUGACCACCUCCUAUGAGGAAGAGCUGCGUCACAACGAGUCAUGAGCAAACUCUAACCCUGGCAGUAAUGUGGAGAAUACGCCUUGCAAUUGAUAGCGAUCAAGAGUGGCAGUGCAUGCGGCACCAGCAAGUUACAUGAUCAUGUAAGUUGGAAAAACAGGGAUCAAUCGAGCAAUAUGAUCAUGUGAUCCGGGCCGAUAGACCUCCAACACACCAACAAACGCAGAUGGACCUGAAAGUACAGCGCAUCAGGUCUUGAUGAACCGGCUCAGCGGCUAGUCGCUCAGUGUGCUCUUGUCGUCAACACGUACUUGAACUUAG